AUGCGGUUUCUUUCUUUUUUUCUUUCUUUCUUUUUGUCGUUGUUUGUUGCUUUCCUUCUUCUGAAUACAUAUCUUUCCCUAUUCUUUCUUUCUUUCUUUCAUUCUUUCGCUAUCAAUUAUUUUCUUUCCUUCUUUGUCAUAUAUUUAUUCUCCGUACAUCUACGUAUUUCUUUUUGCAGGCUCCUUGCUCUUUCUUUCUUUCUUUCUUUCUUUCUUCCUUUCUAUCUUUCUUUCUUUCUUUCUGUCUUUCUUUCUUUCGUUCUUCUUUUCUUUCUUUCUUUCUUUCUUUCUUUCUUUCUUUCUUUCUUUCUUUAUCAAUUAUUUUCUUUCGUUCUUUGUCAUAUAUUUAUUUCUCCGUCCAUGUACGUAUUUCUUUUUUGCAGUCUCGUUGCUUUUUUUCUUUCUUUCUUUUUCUUUCUUUUUUCUUUCUUUCUUUCUUUCUUUCUUUCUUUCUUUCGCUAUCAAUUAUUUUUCUUUCCUUGUUUGUCAUAUAUUUAUUCUCCGUACAUCUACGUAUUUCUUUUUGCAGUCUCCUUGCUCUUUCUUUCUUUCUUUCUUUCUUUCUUUCUUUCUUUCUUUCUUUCUUUCUGUCUUUCUUUCUUUCUUUCUUUCUUUCUUUCGCUAUCAAUUAUUUUCUUUCCUUCUUUGUCAUAUAUUUAUUCUCCGUACAUCUACGUAUUUCUUUUUCCUGUCUCGUUUCUCUUUCUUUCUUUCUUUCUUUCUUUCUUUCUUUCUUUCUUUCUUUCUAAAUGUUUGUCAAUUUAUUUUUCUCUUUCCGUCUUACUUUGUGUCUUUCUUUCUUUAUUUCUCUAUUUAUUUAUUUAUUUAUUUAUUUCUCUCCUGCUUUUUGAAUGUUUGUCGAUUUAUAUUCAUCUUUCUGUCUAUCGUUCUUUGCGCCUUUCAUUCUUUCUUUCUUUCUUUCUGUCUUUCUUUCUUUGUACCCUUGUUUCUUUCUUUCUCAAUAUUUGUCCCUUUAUAUCUCUCUUUCCUCUUUUUUCACUUUAUUCUUUAUUAAUUCACAUUCAUCUACUGAAGCUCUUCCCAUCACCACUUCACCGCUUUAAACAUUUUAUCUCACUUUGUUUUCCAUUCCAUUCUACCAUCUUUUUUUAUUAUUUUUGGAGCUAUCUAUCUAUUUAUCUAUCUAUCUAUCUAUCUAUCUAUCUAUCUAUCUAUCCUAAUCUGUUCAUAUCUAUCUAUCUAUCUAUCUAUCUAUCUAUCUAUCUAUCUAUCUAUCUAUCUAUCUAUCUAUCCCAAUUUGUAUCUAUCUAUCUAUCUAUCUAUCUAUCUAUCUAUCUAUCUAUCUAUCUAUCUAUUAUCCGUCUCUACAAGUAUCUAUAUACAUGUCUCAGUCUCUUCAUAUUAACUAUUUAUCUAUCUAUCCCCCUUUUAGUCUAUACAUCCUCUUAA